AUGGGUGACGAGCAGAAGCCAGCCAAAGCUGCGCAUCAAAUCUUCAAACUCCGCCGUAACUGGACAUGGUGGUACGUAUAUUUUUAAAACUCGUCGAAAACGCGUAAUAUCGAUUUUAUCAAGGUAUCUCAACGACGAGCGCCUCAAAUCGUGGGAAGAGCGCCUCAAAAAUGUGCACACUUUUUCUUCGGUUUCCGAGUUCUGGGCUCUCUACGACUCCAUCAAGCCGCCAAGUGGACUGAAUCCGCCAGCCGAUUACAACGUCUUCCGUGAUGGAAUUCAACCAAUGUGGGAGGUUAGUAUCAAUAUUUUCGGGACACGAAACGAUUUCACGACCUUGUCGUGCAAGCGUGAAGUUCGCUUUGAAAUAAGCUUUAAAAAAGAGUAUACGUUCGGUAGUUACUCUAUCUGGGCUUAUCUCUACUGAUGACGGUGUCAGCCGCUCACGCUGUCUUCUUUUUACGUGAUAUUAGCAAUAGCAAUAGUUACGGAUAAUUUAUAGGUGCCGGAGAAUCAGAACGGUGGACGCUGGCUCAUCACAAUCGAAAAGGGCCGCACUCCCGAAAUCAUGGACACCAUUUGGCUCGAAAUCCUAAUGGCUAUGAUCGGAGAGCAGUUCGGCAACGACAUGGAAUCGGUGUGCGGAAUCGUGUGCAACGUCCGUGGAAAAGGCUCGAAGAUCAGCGUCUGGACCACCAACUCGGCCGACGAUGAGAGCAACAUUCGCAUCGGGUUGGUUUUCUAGUUUGAUUAUUCGUAGAAAUCCAGACAGUUGGUGUUUAACAUACAUCCUAUCAACAUUUACACAAUGAAAAGAGGGAUUUCGAGAAGCUACACAAUACCUUUUUUCCGUGUUGCGCUUUUUGUCGUUCUCUAAAAAACGUUUCUUUACUCUCCUGAAUAAAAACUUUUCAGAGGCGUUCUGAAGCAAGUGCUGAACAACGCUUCGAUCAUCCACAAUAGACCGUUGUAUGACGUGCUUCGCUACGAAGACCACGACAGUUGCCAGAAGAAGACAAGCUCGGGUGUGAAGGCGAAGCAUGCCCUCUAUGCGGUGGAGCCACGCGAGGAGAAGACGAACUGA